AUGUUGCUCCAUCCUGAUGGUGAUGGUUCAUUAAAAAAACUGGGAUACUACGACCAAGGGAAACCUGAAGCAGCAUCAGGUGUCUCUCUUUUUUGUGAUGCUUCGGAUGGGAUACGGUGUGGUUAUAUAAGAGGUACUGGCGUAUCACAAUUAAAAAUAACUCGUCCUGUGGCCCUCAUGAAUAUGUUUAUCGCUAGUACAGGAUGUAAAUUUUCAUCAAUGUUGCAGCAUUUUCAUGAAUCUAAAGAGCAAGAUGGGGUGUAUGGUAGAAUUUUCUUUACAUGGUGCCGAAGUAUCGAUGAAUUGCCAAUUGAAAGAGCGACAAGCUUUACAAAUGUUCCAUCAUAUUGUCAUUUUGCAUAUGCUGUGGCAACAUUGUUUAAUUACAAUUUUGAAUUUCGUCAUUUACGUCAUAAAUCUGAUUGUACAGAUGUGAAUAUAGAAAAUUUUGAAGUUGAACAACGUUUAUUAGAUGAAUUACAAAAACAAGGUAUUACCAAACCUGCUACAUAUAAUAUUUCUAUCAAUGAAGGUGAUCUUUAUGAUAAUAUUACGACAUGUAAUUCAGUUGAAAAUAUCGAUAAUGAUAUUUCACCAUUCAAAUUAUUCGAUGUAUUGGUGCGUGACUGGUGGAAAGGUUCAAACACUUCGGAACAUCAUUUACAAUCCAUGCAUCGAAAAGUGAUAGAAAUGUUGUCUAAAUGCAUUUGGUCGAUGAAGAUAAUUCGUAUAAUUUUCCAGUUGAUGAGUAAAGAUUUAAAAAACAUCGAUCAACGACAAGGCGAUCAAUUAACAACUAAUUUUAAUUCAAUUAAUGACAAAUUUCAAACUUCUAUUCAGUCAUUAGUGAAAGAAUUUGUUUCAACCAAAUGUCAACAUGUACAACAAAAUCAAUAUAUUCUUACGUCUACCAUCUAUGACAUUGAUGUAGGAUAUCAUUGGUAUUUAAGAAAAAUGUUAAUACUUGAUACACUUCUUACAUUGAAACAAUUAAAUGAAGUUGUUAAUUCAAGAAUUGGAAACGUUGUCUCUCACAACAAGUAUGUUGUUUUCUACUUACCAGAGCAAAUGAAAAAAUUUGAAGAUUUGAGUUCACAUGAUUUUUUUUUUCGUUUAUUUUCAAAUAAUGUUAUGGUAUGUGCUGGUAGCAUCAGAUGA